AAAGUAACUUAGUUGCGGACAGAUCGGCCGUCUCCGCUUCGUGGUCUUUUUUGCUUCCCUCAUUCGGGGUUUUCGAAUUUCACUUUUGCGUUCUGUGGAAUGUUGGAGUAAGGUGCCUUUUGUGUGUGUAUAUAUUUGAUUUUCGCAACGCUCGAGAACGAUACCGCCUUGUUCGUAUCACGCAACAUGGCCUCCAUUUCGGAUCUGCAGGUGCGCUUGAAGGAGCUUUCGGCUGCUUUGGCUCAGAUACAGCCGCUGGUUGCUCGGUUAAAGGGCUUUACGACGGCGGUUGGGCAGGGUGAUCAGGCGAGGCUGGAAUUGGGGACGGAGAUACAUACUCGACUUAAAGAGGCGGAGGAGCAGUUGGAGUUGUUGAAGGUUGAGGUGGAGGGGUUGGAAUCUGGGGCGGAUCCUAGGCGGAAGGGUCUGGAUAGUGAGAAGGAGUCGGAGAGAGAGAGGAUCGUUGCCUUGGCGGGACGGCUGGCGGAGGAUUUGAAGAGAACGAGAGGAGACUUCCGGAACGCACAGUUACAGGCGAAGAGGAAUGCUGAAGUUGCCCGGCGCAAAGAGCGAGAAUUGUUGUUUACGAGGUCACAAAGUGCCGAGAGGAAGAAGCAGUCGACUGAAAAGUUGACUCAGGAUGAUAUUGUGGUGAACGCUUCGAAUGAUGUUACAGCUGCGCUGAGACGGACGCAUCAGUUGAUGCAGGCGGAGCUUUCGCGGAGUCAGUUCGCGCAGGAGACGUUAGAACAAUCGACUGCUGCCAUCUCUUCUUUGUCAGAAUCAUACACCGACCUUGACACCCUGAUCUCGUCGUCGCGCAAUCUCAUCGGCUCGCUGCUUCGAUCGCAAAAGUCCGAUACUUGGUACCUUGAGACGGCCUUCUACAUAUUGAUUGGUACGAUUGCUUGGCUUGUCUUCCGGCGGAUAUUAUAUGGUCCCAUGUGGUGGCUGGUCUGGCUGCCGUUGCGACUGUUUGGGAGGUUUACGUUUGCUAUUCUGGGAACAGUCGGGAUUACGAGCAAGGCUGUUCAGGCUUCUGAGUCUGCGACGGUGGUUGAAUACGUGCCGCAAGAGACGCCGAUAAUCGAACCAAAGGUGGAACCGAAUGUUCAGAGCGCUGACAGCGAAGCUGUCUGGGAUCAGGUUCCGGUUAUGGAUGAAGCGGAGGAGGACCGGUUGAUUGAUGAGAUCGGUGAAAUGGUGGAGGAGAGUGAGAAGCAGGAGGAGACGAACAUUGACGACAUCUCCGAAGAGGAAAGGCAGAGACAGGCGGAGUUGCCUCGGAAUCCCAAGAAGAGGAUGUUCGAGGCUACGGAUGUACCGCAGCAGAAGGACGAACUAUAGGUAGAUGACUAAUGUCUGAUGAUACUGCCAAGUGCAGGCGAUGUAUACCC